GCGUGGAGCUAGGUGUCAACUACCCCUACCCUGUGAUUGGGGUGGAGGAGAGCCUGGCCUCGCUGGCGGCGGCAAACGCCGUGGUGCAGCAGUGCCUGCGGGCCGACGCCGGCGGCGCGCCGCAGCCCGGCCCCUUCCGCCCUGCCACCGACGCCGACCCCGAGGAGGCGGAGCGGUUGUUUGAGGAGAACUACAAGUGCGAGCUGCUGUACGGCCCCGUGCCUGCCACCAAGGCCGCCCACGACCGCGCCGAGGGCUGCGGCGCCACCGAGGAUGUGCAGAGCGCGGCGGGGCCCACAGACACAGACCUGGCCUCGGUCUACCAGCCGGGCAGCAGCCUGGGCGCAGCCAGGCCGGCAGAGGCCUCGGUGGCGGCGCCUGCGGCGCGGCGCUGGGACGCGCCCUCGGGCACCGCCACCGCCACCGACGCGGCAGCGGGCGCCACGACGGGCGCCGCCUCGGCCGCGGCGGCGCCGCGGGGCCGGCAGCCGCAGGGCAAGCGCCCCGCGGAGGCCAUCGCUGCUGCUGCGGCGGCGGCGGCGGCGGGGGCAGAGGGCGAGCCCUCGUCGCAAGGCGGGGAGCAGCAGCAGGCGCAGGCACGCGGCGCCAUCCAGGUGCCAGGCUGGCACCCCUUCACCACGGCGCCGCCUGGCGGCGGCGCAGCCGCGGCCGGCCGCAGCAACGCCGGCUCCGGCUCGGGCUCUGGCCACGCCUCCAUGUCUGGAGUGGCGGCGGUGGUGCCCAGCUUGUCCCGCGAGGCGGCGGCGGCGGCGCGGGCGCCGGCGCCGCGCCAGCUGGCGGCGUCCGGGCAGGAGG